ACAUCACUACAUCUCGAAUCACAGUGUGUCAACUUGGCGACAUGCGUCUUCUCAACGUCCAUACUGGUCUUUUAGAAGAGUUUUUCGACAUAGAGACUACUCCAAAAUAUGCCAUACUAUCCCACACGUGGAAUAAAGAGGAGGUGACGCUUCAAGAUCUGGAAGGCGAAGGCUACAAGUCUAAACUUGGUUAUAAAAAAAUCGAAGGUUGCUGUCAUCAAGCAAUCGAAGAUGAAUACGACUACAUCUGGGUUGAUACUUGCUGUAUCGACAAGAAGAGUCUCACAGAGCUCUCGGAGGCCAUCAAUUCAAUGUAUGAAUGGUACUCAAAGUCAGCAAUUUGCUACGUCUAUCUAGCCGACGUAAAUGUCGAUGCAAUAGGACAAGUUCAUAGCUCCCUUCUGGAAAGAUGUCGCUGGUUUUCUCGAGGCUGGACGCUCCAAGAAUUGUUAGCUCCACGCGAGCUUGUCUUCUUCGAUCAACAUUGGCGAGCGUUUGGCUCUGUGAGCAGAACUUCUCGUGACAGCGAUAUUCCAGAUAUCGCAUCACUGCUUCCGGCUAUAACGAAAAUAGACGGACGUGUUCUUCGCGAGAGACAUUUGAUACAUAGAGCUACCGCAGCAGAACGGUUCUCGUGGGCAGCCCAUCGCAAAACCACAAGAAAAGAAGAUAUGGCAUAUUGUUUAUUAGGGCUACUUGGGGUCAACAUGCCACUUCUAUACGGAGAAGGCGAGAGAGCGUUCACUCGGCUUCAACAAGAAUAUAUUCGCCAGUACAACGACCCCACAUUGUUACUAUGGGGCUUUCGUAUUCCGUGUCAGAAUUUAUUCUGGCGUUCUACCAGCGAGUGGGCGUUGGCGCCUGUCGUCUCACUCUUCUCGGGAUUUAGUUCCCCUCCAAAGUUCGAAAAGAACAACAUACUCUCUAGAUUUUCAUGUACUAACAAUGGUAUUGAAAUCGAGCUUCUCCUUAUCGAUCUUGGCAGGAACAUUCAACUUGCUUGCUUCGGCACAAGUGCAGAUUUCCCUAUUUACCAUCGGAAAUCUUUCGAACAAACCUUAUCAUCUCCUCUUCUCUCACCACUGCGACGAUUUAGAAGGGGGGCCGUGGCCCUCCCAGACCGACCUGUUAUAGCGCUUCCACUAUCAUACUGCCCGACAGACUCUGUAGGCGAUUUUACCGUGUACGAACGUGCCUUACCAUGGCCCCCUUUUCUCAUACCUGAGGGUUUAUGUCGCAAUGCUAAAUGGACGAGAGUAUACAUUAAAGGUGUAGACAUUCGAUCCGUCAUAGAAUCACCGCUGCAUAAACUCAGUCGUGAGUAUGUUGUCAAUAUUUCAAAGUUGAUAUGGGCCGGAUUCAACCUUGAUGCCGUCUAUCCCCCCGGGAAUGUCAUCUGCAGUGAAACUCAUAUAAUAUACAAAGUCCAGGAAGAAGGUGUCCAACGAUUUAUUUUUGUUUUCAACAGAGAUGAAGAUUUCUCCUUUGCAUUAUUUGCUGAAUACAAGUUUCAAAAUUCAAAGCUGGUGGAUGUAUAUUUCUCGCUUGGGGGAGUUACCAUGAUGGAUAUCCUACAUUAUCUACUACCACGUGGUAAAAUCCUGUCAGAGCGUGCGCGAAGGAAAGCAUUCGCAAAAUUAGGAAGAUCUCUCCAGGGAGUACCAGAUCCCAAGGGCCCCGGGAUAACACAUUUUAAAAUACCUGUAAGGAAGAUUAGAAGAUUCGGAACAGAAUAUCUGAUCACAUCUGUGUCCACACGCAAGUUGGGCAAUCUUUGUUUCGACUUUAUAGAACCUCGGUGGGAAGAAUACAAACAUGGUUCUGAUUAGUAAAAGAGCAGAUUACCUAUCAUAUUUAAAACAAGCAUCUCUUCGAAGAGUGCCACCCCCCCUUUCGACUACCUAGGGAGAACUUGUCGGAUUGAUACGGGAAUACCAUACCAUACGUAUUACA